AUACUUCACCGUCUGACGAAUGUCAGACGGUGAAGAAUGGCAAACAAAGCACUCACAUAAGGCAAGCAAACCCAAAUUACUGUACAUUUCUACUUUAAUCGGACAAAAUUUUGUUCUCUCCCUUAAAGGCGCGACAGUGUUUUUUUUAAUCACCUAAACGGCAUUCAGAACUCACGGGGAUCCAAACGAUAUUGUAAUAGCAAGAGUAGCAGCUGUUUCUUAAGUGGACCAAAUGAAAAAAAUAUUUUCUAAGUGCGUUGAAAAACGUCAAUAGAAAGGUGUCGGCUUUUCACUCAAGAAAAUGAGAAGACGCGGACUACGAAUUGUUUUCUCUUAAAUACAUUUCACAUAAAUCUUGUGAUUGGCUCAAACGCGCCGAGACAGUCAGACGGAAGUUUGACAGCUCGAUAGGAGGCUCGCCGUGAAUUGAGAAGAAAGAGAUCGAGAAAAAUUCUUUUAAAUUCCGCAAGGCAUAAAUAGACAUUAGGUCAAUCUUGUGAUCUUUGCGAUAUUCUCAAAUUGCCGAUGUUGGGCGAGAUAUCAUGAAGAAGAUGAAUUAUUGGAAUGCGAUUUCUUAACAGUGAUGCGUGUUUGGCAGUAUAUUUCAUCUACUGAAUCCUGUUUGAUUCUAUUGCUAAUUUCGGUUGUCUACGGUGGAAAACACUGGAAAGAAAGAAUCCCCAUCCAGAACACAACACAAAACAAGAAUAUAACAGGAAUUGGUGGAUUGAGAAAUGGUUAUGGUGCCACUAGUGAUAAACUUGGUAAAUGGAACUUUACGGUGGCCCAAAGUGCGCUAAAUAACAAAACACUGAAUUUUACGAAGAGAGAAUUCGGCUCAAAUGGACCCGCCGUCACGAUAACAACACCGCCGAAGAAAGCGUGCAUCAAUGAAUGCAACACUUUCGUUGGUAGCUGGUCGCAGUUCUACUUAAAGAUCGGCGGAUGGCUGAUGCUUGGUAUCGUGUUGUGCGGCGUCAUGGCACUUGGCGUCACCCAUUAUCUGGGCAUGCGCAAGGCAAAGCGCGGGAACGCACCGCGCAGGCGCAACGUCCACCUGUCCCAGAUCAUCUGGGCCGAGGCCCGGUCAAGGUCAAGACUAGCCCGAUGGGUGUAGCUGUGUCACGUGAUGACUCUGACGGGUCUGAGGACAGAUCGUGAUUAUAUACGUUUUUUUGAUACGAUCACGUGACAGUCUAGGCGCGCGCCCCCGUAGCUGCCAAAAGUGAGUCAUUCCCAAUCAGGUACAAGUCUCUGGGAUAAUCAAUUUUUUCACCAACAGAAUCUGUUGGUUCCGGUUUUACUGCGCAUGUCCAAACAAAAUAGCGACCGGGAAGAGGAGAGUUGAUCUGAUCUAUUUAAUUCACGCUUCGUAAAUUAAAAAAAGUCUAAGUUUUUACGCUGAAAGAAAUUCAAUACCAGAUUUUGGAGUCAGUCAUCGUUGAUAGAAAGGAUGUUUUGGGUGUAAAUAUUGCCAACCGGUUACGGUAAAGCAUUUCUGAUUUACGAUCUAUUUCUGAUCUAUUUAAUUCACGCUUCGUAAAUUAAAAAAAGUCUAAGUUUUUACGCUGAAAGAAAUUCAAUACCAGAUUUUGGAGUCAGUCAUCGUUGAUAGAAAGGAUGUUUUGGGUGUAAAUAUUGCCAACCGCCUACGAGGAGAGCCUUUUUAUUUGCACAUGCUCACUGAAGAAAGCUCGAUGGCUAAUUAGGAUCACCCCAAGAACUGAUUAUUCCAGAACCUUGUACCUUGCCGCUGGUAAAAAGUUACGUGGGCUCUGGGAACGAGAUUGGGUCAUUUCUUAUUGAAGGACCGCUGGACCGUCAAAUGAUAUCCUUUUUCCAUAAGCUACCUAUAGAUGCGCAACCCCUCAGCAAAUCCCGGGUACGCAUGCGAGGUCUGGCGAUAGACCAAUAAACGUUGAGGUCAAAUAACACGUGUCAAAGUGACUAAGGAGUGACGGUGUAAAGUCUGGGCAUGGAUCACGUGAUAUUACAGGGUGUGACCACCGAUAACGAGACUAUAUGUGGUCUGACAAUAGACCACCUGUGAUUGCAGAAGGUCUGGAUGAACCACGUGAUUUCUAGAGGUCUGACAAUGGACCAUGUGAUUUCUAGAGGUCUGACAAUGAACCACGUGAUUUCGGGAGGUCUGACAAUGGACCACGUGAUUUCUAGAGGUCUGACAAUGGACCAUGUGAUUUCUAGAGGUCUGACAAUGGACCACGUGAUUUCGGGAGGUCUGACAAUGGACCACGUGAUUUCUAGAGGUCUGACAAUGGACCACGUGAUUUCUAGAGGUCUGACAAUGGACCAUGUGAUUUCGGGAGGUCUGACAAUGGACCACGUGAUUUCUAGAGGUCUGACAAUGGACCAUGUGAUUUCGGGAGGUCUGACAAUGGACCACGUGAUUUCUAGAGGUCUGACAAUGGACCACCUGAUUUCGGGAGGUCUGACAAUGGACCACGUGAUUGCAGGUCUGACAAUGGACCACGUGAUUGCAGGUCCGACAAUAGACCACCUGUGAUUGCAGAAGGUCUGAAUGAACCACGUGAUUUCGGGAGGUCUGACAAUGAACCACCUGAUUUCGGGAGGUCUGAUCAGAUAAACCAGAUCAGAUCUCAAACUUAGAAUCCAACAAUAGGCGAUAUGCAUUGCUUGCAGGAGAAGUAUUUAAACCACUGAGAUAAUCAGAAACAGCAUUAAUCAAAAUUCUUGAAAAAAAAUCAGCAUUCUCGAAAACAAAUAUUUAAUGAUUUAAUAACUAAGUGUAGUUGUUUUUGUCUUUAUACCAUUGCACAUCUCACUCUAAUUGAAUUAAAUACAUGAAUAAUCA